UACACGCGCACCCUCCCCCCCUCGUCGCUGUGUCGGUGUUAAUCCGCGUCUGUCAGAGCGGCGUCAUGGCGGAUAUCAAAACGGGAAUCUUUGCUAAAAAUGUGCAGAAGAGACUGAACAGAGCGCAAGAAAAGGUUCUGCAGAAGCUGGGAAAAGCGGACGAGACCAAAGAUGAACAAUUUGAACAAGUUGUCAUCAACUUCAGGAGACAGGAGUGUGAAGGUUCGCGGCUGCAGAGGGAGAUGAAGGCGUACAUGUCUGCCAUCAAAGGGAUGCAACAGGCCUCCAUCAACCUGACCCAGUCUCUCCAUGAGGUCUAUGAACCAGACUGGCAUGGGAAAGAUGAUGUCAUGACCAUCGGGAAGGAUUGUGAUGCAUUGUGGGAAAAUUUCCACAAUAAGCUGGUGGACUCUACACUACUGAAUCUGGAUGAAUACCUGCUACAGUUUCCUGACCUGAAGACCCGUGUGGCUAAAAGAAGUCGAAAGCUCAUCGACUUCGACAGUGCUCGGCAUCAUGUUGAAACGCUGCAGGCAUCUGGAAUGAAAAAUGACCGCAAGAUGAUGAAGGCAGAUGAGGAGCUGAGAAAGGCCCAGAGAGUGUUUGAUGAGCUCAAUGUUGGUCUGCAGGAUGAACUGCCAACUCUUUGGGACAGCCGAGUUGGAUUCUACAUCAGCACGUUCAAAAGCGUGACAAGCCUUGAGGCCAGAUUUCAUCGUGAGAUUUCCCUGGUGUGUAAGCAACUGUAUGAAGUGAUGAUGCAACUUAGUGAACAACACGCUGACAAAAUGUUCACCAUCCAAGGAGCACCAAGUGAUUCUGGACCACUGCGACUCGCUCGGACACCCUCGCCACCGGAAGAAGAGAGUCCUCCUGAGAGUCCAGAAGCCAGUUCCAAUCAUAUGCUUCGACCUGUUUCUCCUGGACCUCCACGGCCCAGAUCUCCAGUACAGAUGAAAAAGGGCCCCCCGGUGCCUCCUCCCCCUAAAGUCACACCUUCCAAGGAGGUGGUGGAGGAGCAGAUCAUUGACCUGUUUGGAGGAGAGUUCUUACCUGCACCGUCACCAUCACAGCCCAAUGAGAGGCCUGGAGAAUCUCUUCUUGAUCUGGACUUUGACGCCUUCCAGCCAGAUGAAAGUGUAUCACCAAUACCGCAGACCGCUGUGCCUUGGGAUACGUGGUCGGCGCAGCCAUCCAAGACGGCUGAAGAAAGCGGAUUUGUUGCGGACUGGUCAGCUGACUUUGGUCCAGCCAAUGGAGAGGCUGCUCCAGGAGUGGAGGACACUGCUGUUCCUGAAGGGGCAGAGAGUGGAGAUCAAGCUGCAGAUACGCAUUGGGCCCAAGAAGACGGUCCACAGCCGGCUGGAGAUAGAACCAUAUCUUCUCCUCCCAUUUCUCCACCACAGGACAGUGAAGCAGCACAGGAUGAGGAUGCUACUGGUCCAUCAUUCUUUGCGGCUUUUGAUCAAAUGAAUGAAGUCAAAGUUGGAUCAACGGAAGGUUCUGAGAUAUCAGCUCCAGCGCCCCCUGCUCUUGAGGAAGAUACAGUAGAAUGUCCUGCCCCUCUGGAGGAAGAGGAACCGACGAAGUCUGCUUCAAAUUUGGAAGAAAAGAAAGAAAGUCCUGUGGAUGAAACUUCGGAAACAAUGCCCAUCCCAUCUGUGGUGAUUGAGCCUGCCUCCAGCAAUGAAGGUGAUGAUGACCGUGACGCUGACAUAAUCUCACCUUCGGCUAUCAGUGACAAUGGCGUGGCAGCUGAUAAACCAUCAAUCAAGCCCACAAGUUCGUCUGCGGGAGUAGCAGAGCUCCCUGAUGACUUUUUGUACAAGGUGGAGACCAUGCACGACUUUGAGGCUGCCAACUGUGAUGAGCUCGACCUGAAGCAAGGUGACGUGGUCUUGGUGGUUCCCACUGCCUCAGUAGAAGACCAGGAAGCUGGCUGGCUGACUGGAUUCAAAGAAAGCGACUGGACGAGGCUCGGAACUGCAGCUCAGAAGGGACUUUUCCCAGAAAACUUCAUACAGCGUUUGGAGUGAGAAGGUUCUUCAAGAUGAUGGGGGAAACUAAGCAAGAAGCAAUCUGGUCAGCAUGUACCAAUGCCUUUUAACUGAAACACUGCUGAACUGUCCCAAGCAUUAACGUUGAUGUGAUUCCCCUCCAUUUAAAGAAAACAAGACACAUAACUGUUUGCUGUCAUUAGUUUUGUUUUUGCAUGUUUCUAUCGAAAAAAUAUUUUCGGAAGGAAUACAAGAAGUACCAUAUGCUGUAUUGUACACCAACUGUUAACACUGUGUUUAGUACUUUUAAUGUAAUUGAUCUAUUUUUUUUCUUGAAGAUUUUGUUACCAUAGAUAUGAUGUGGUUUUUCACAAUGUAUGGGGCUUUGGUCAUAUGUUUUUCUGACAUAAAUAUCUGUGAAUGAACACUGUUACUGUAGUGGGGCAAAAACGUGAACUUUCUUCCAGUAAUUAUUAUUUUUGAAAUGUAAUCAAACAUGUCAACAAUCCUAGUGUAAUUGCAACAUGGGGAAUUACUAUGAUGAUUACUUUAAAUGGAGUAAAAAUAUAUGAGUUCGGGAAAUAAUAGAGAAUUCAGAGAAUAACAAAGUCAAUAUGCAAUAUACAGUAUGUAGUUGGAUAUAGUAUAUGUAUAUAUAUAUAGUUGGUUUGACUCACAUUUAUGUUUGUGACUAGAUGUUGAAGUCAUAUCAUUGUCACCUAUCUGUCACAAUAAAAAUGUUU